AUGAGGAGGAAGAGGACUCCAGUGAUUCAUGCCAAAAUAAAAGCAGUACAAAGGAGUGGCUGCCAUGAAGUCACCACUGUGGUGGACGUCAAGGAGAUAUUCAAGUCCUUGUCACCCAUUCCCCGGACUCAGGUGCCUCUUGUAACCAACUCUUCCUGCCAGUGUCCACACAUCCUGCCCCACCAGGAUGUUCUCAUCAUGUGCUAUGAAUGGCGGUCCAGGAUGAUGCUUCUGGAGAACUGCCUGGUGGAGAAGUGGAAAGAGCAGCUGGGGAAGAGGUUUAUGCAGUGGGAAGAGAGGCUACAAGAGCAGCUGCGAACCACUCAGAAGCGAACGGCCGGGCGGACCGGCCGCAGUGGCCCUCCCAAGGCCAAGGGAAAGCCCGUGGGCCCUCGGCCGGCCGGCCCGCAAAAGAGCAUCAAAGCCAGGAGUGCCCCCAAGCGAGCCAAGGCCCAGAGGGUGUGA